UGCACUAGUUACGCAGAGCAUAAGUCGGUCACAGCUCCUACUCAUAUAUAUUUUACUUCUCCCCGUUCUUUUUUUCACUUUCCCACUCCUCUUCUGCCACAAGAACAAUGGCUGACAGCUCAAAUACUUCCAGUAGCACCGCCGCAACUACGACGGCUAACCCGCCGGCAAUCAGAAGCUGGGCAGACGAAGCCGACGAGAUCGAUCAAGCCGAGAAGUCCUCAGCCGCUAAUGAAAACGAUAGCGCCGAGCCCCAAAUCGGAUCUCUACAAAUCGAUGAGACCAAAAGAGUCAAAAAUUCCACUCUCGAUGAUCCAGAAGAUUCCAGAAUAGAAGCCGUUACUUCUGGCGACACUCUGUACAAAUCAGCUAAGAGAUUUGAGGAUUUGAACUUAUCUCCGGAGUUAUUGAAAGGAUUAUAUGUAGAGAUGAAGUUUGAGCGACCUAGUAAUAUUCAAGAGAUUAGUUUGCCUAUGAUUCUUACGCCGCCCUACAAGAAUCUAAUUGCUCAGGCUCAUAAUGGUUCUGGUAAAACUACUUGCUUUGUGCUUGGGAUGUUGAGUCGGGUUGACCCUAAGCUUGCUGCCCCUCAAGCUCUCUGUAUCUGCCCAACCAGAGAAUUAGCAAUUCAGAAUAUGGAGGUUCUGUUGAAGAUGGGGAAGUUCACUGGUAUAACAUCAGAGUUAGCUAUCCCAGCAGAUGCAGCCAAUUACAUACCAGUUUCAAAGCGGCCCCCGGUUUCAGCACAAGUAGUAAUUGGCACACCCGGAACUAUAAAUAAGUGGGUGACAGCAAGGAAACUGGGCAUGAGUUGCAUGAAAAUUCUUGUAUUUGAUGAAGCGGACCACAUGUUGGCUGAGACUGGUUUUCAGGAUGAUUCCAUAAGAAUAAUGAAGGCAAUUGUCAAAGCCAGUGCUGACAGCCAGGUGCUUCUGUUUUCUGCAACUUUUGGGGAAAAUGUAAAAGCCUUUGUGACAAAAAUUGUUAGAGAUCUUUUCGUGAAAGAUUACAACCAGAUGUUUGUGAAGAAAGAAGAACUUUCGCUGGAUUCAGUGAAGCAGUAUAAAGUGCAGUGUCCGGAUGAACUUUCAAAAGUCAUGGUGAUUAAAGACAAAAUACUUGAACUAGGACAGAAGGUGGGGCAGACAAUUAUAUUUGUUCGUACAAAAAACGGUGCGAGUAUGUUGCAUAAAUCAUUGGUUGACUAUGGAUAUGAAGUGACAACAAUUCAAGGUGCUCUGAAGCAAGAAGAUAGAGACAAAAUAAUCAAGGAGUUCAAAGAAGGAUUGACACAAGUUCUUAUAUCAACUGAUCUUCUUGCUCGUGGAUUUGACCAAUCUCAGGUUAAUUUGGUGGUUAAUUAUGAUCUCCCGGUGAGACAUGAGAGUCCAUCAGAGCCAGAUCAUGAGGUAUACUUGCAUCGGAUUGGUAGAGCUGGGCGUUUUGGCCGCAAAGGUGCCAUAUUCAACUUGCUAUGCAAUGACCGGGACAGCAUGCUAAUGUCAAAGAUUGAGAAUCAUUUCAACAGUCAAGUGACGGAGAUUGCCUCAUGGAGGAGCGAUGAAGAUUUUGAGAAUGCUCUGAAGAAAGCUGGCUUGCUCUAAGCCGAGUAGAAUCUGCUGUCUUUAUUGGUUAGCAGAUAUCAGGAGGUGGAUGCGCUCUGUAGAUCACAUUUAUUGAGAUGUUGCUUCUUUUUGACAGUAUCUGUAUUUCACUGUUUUCAGUUAUUUGGUCUUGUCAGCAUGUUUUUCGUCUUGUCUGUAAAUUUGUUGUAAUCAUUUUCUCCUUAAACGACUUUGAGUAAAACAGACUGGUAAUGCUGGAAAUGGCUUUUUUACUGUUGCCACAGCAGAGGCCUAGAGUGAUGCUGAAAAGGAGAGGUUAUUCGUAUGAGGACCGUUGAAAGCACUAUCCCCAGCUUGGGAUUUCUAUUGUUCUUCUUUC